AUGAGUUUUAUGAUCUUUGCCCUAGUACUUUUAGGACUGGUGGUUUCGACCACUCCCGUCCUCGGUGAGACAACUGAUGAUAAUGGAGACGAACACCACUACCACCACCACCAUCACCACCACCACCACCACCACCACCACGAUGAGGCUCCUUCUAACCAUACUAAUUGUAAUGCUCCGCCACCAAAGCAUAGCCAUGAUCCUCCUCCUCCUCCUCCCACCGGUUAUCGUGCUCCGCCACCAAAGGCUAGCCAUCAUCAUGUUCCUCCUCCCCAUGGUCAUCAUGCGCCAUCUCCAAAACACAAGCAUGCACCAUCUCCACAUGCACAUUCUCCUGGCCAUGCUGGUUCGCCGCAUCCCAGUGGUCAUCACGGUGCUUCUCCUCCGCACAACCACCACGACCAUGACAUCAGUCCUCCCCAUGCACAUCAGUAUCCCCCGCAGGACAAGAACCAACUAUUGGCUUUCUGGGAGCAAAUACUUUCUUGA